UAUAUUAGCUAUAUUUAGCUUGUGUGUUUUGAAAAUAGGCCUGAUGGUCUCCAGUGGGUUGGGACGGAGACCCAAGGAGUGAGGUCCAGUAUCCUGUCAACAGAGGGCCAUGCAUGUUGCACUGCGGCCACGCAGUGGUUGCCUGGUGCUCUGCCUGUGCCUGUCUGUGUUCACCCUGCUGCUACAAAGCCUCUGGGUGCCCCUUGAGAUGACCAGGGAUGAACCUGCUGGGAGGUCACCUGAGGAACAAGGUCAGCGUGGUCUUGGCUUUCGUAGGCUGGCGCUUCGCUUGGAGGCUUUGAGUACUCGGGUGCAGAGGCUGAGCAGAGAGAGCGGUCAGGUCACCCAGCUGACCAAAGAUGAUCUCAGUCUGUUGCUGCAAAGCUUCAGACAGGAUCAGCAAGGUUUAGCCCGCCUGGUGGAGAGGGAGCUGAAGAGAGUGUCUCAGAGGCUUGACCAGCUCAGCCGUCAUCCACACCCUCGCCAUCAGUCUCACACUCCAACACAUGACCUCAGACCACACGCAGGACCCAACGAGAAGUGUGAGGUGCCAAUGGAUCGUGCGUAUCCGGUAUGUGCGGAGAAAGUGGAGUUCCUGCGGGCUCGUUGGCAGUCAGACCCCUGUUAUGCCUUUUAUGGGGUGGAUGGUACCACCUGCUCCAUAUUGACAUACCUUAGCCAAAUAGAGGACUUUUGUCCCUUUCGUCUUGGAAGAAACCACUCUGCACUGCCAUGGCACCAGAAACCUCACUCUUACACAGAGAAGGCUGAGAUACGUACAACUAUGAGCCCACUGUAUGAGGUCAUCAGCAACAGCAGCGGUCCUGCCGUGAACUUCAUCCGGUCCAGAGUGGAAAGGAUGUCCGAGCGGUGGAUACAGGCUGCUCUGAGGAUGAGGCAAAGCAGCAACAAGACAGUCUCGGCCCAGAUGAGGGUGCUGCUUUAUCCUGGGGCCCUGGCUGGCAGUGUUGGCCAGCGUUUUGAGGCCCUGGUGGAUAGAGGGGGUCCUCUAGGGGAGCUGGUCCAGUGGGCCGACCUCAGCGCCUGUCUGACAAUCCUGGGCCACAACUUAACCUUCAGUACCUCACAGCAACUGCUCCAGAGCCUGAUAGGUGCUGCGCCAGGCCGAGGCAGUUGUCCAAUCCAGAGGCCCCUGACCUUUGACCUCAUCUACACGGACUACCACGGCCUUGCUCACCUUCAUGGCGCCAUGGGCCUGGCUUUCCUGCAUUACCAGUGUCGCUUCAGAAUCCUGGACUCUUUUGGCACUGAACCAGCCUUUAACUUGGGGAGCUAUGCGCGUAGUCAUGGAUAUAAAACACUGUGGGGAAGCUGGGGACUGCAGCCUCUGCAGUACAUGACCAUGUUCCCUCAUACUCCUGAUAACUCCUUCCUGGGCUUUGUGAGUGAGGAGGCAGCGAGGGAGGAGGUGAGGGAGGAAGAGCUGGAGCCGGACCGCUACAGGAAAGACAGGAUAGCAGUCAUUUACGGCAAACAAGACUAUAUGUGGCAGGGUAAAUCUGAGUAUGUGGAGGUGAUCAGUGAAGAGAUGGAGACCCACGCUACAGUCUACCAGCCUCCAGGACUCGCCUCUAAUCUGCCCGGCUUCAUCAGAAACCACGGCCUGCUGACUCAGGAACAAUUCCUACGACUUCUACGCAGAGCCAAGGUGUUUGUAGGUCUUGGGUUCCCCUAUGAGGGACCAGCACCCAUUGAGGCAAUAGCCCUGGGCUGUGUCUUCCUACAGCCACGAUUUCACCCACCACACUUAUCAGACAACAAUGAUUUCUACAAAGGGAAGCCCACCACAAGACAGAUCUCCUCCCAGCACCCUUAUGCUGAGGAAUUCAUCGGAAAACCUCACGUGUGGACCGUAGAUGUGACCAACAAGACUGAUGUACGGGAGGCAGCCAGAGCUAUUCUACGCACAGAGGUGAAGCCUUUCACUCCCCGAGAGUUCACUUGUGAGGGAAUGCUGGAGAGGGUUCGUGGCUAUAUCGCUCACCAGAAUUUUUGUAGCACAUCUGUCCCUACUUGGCCACCAGAAAGUGCUUUAAGGGUGCACCUGGGUCCCCUGGGUCAGUCAUGUGUAAGUGUGUGUCGACGGUCCUCCCUCGUGUGUGAGCCAGCUCUGUUUCACCACCUAAACAGUCCUGCUGCGUUCGCCAGACUCAGGAUCGGCUGCUCCAGCAUGGGGAAGGAAGUCAACCACCUGUUUCCUUCCUACAGCCCUUGGGGCCGACUUUGUGGCCUUCAACAGGAGCCUCUGCUGUUCAGUUGCGCCGGCUCCGAUCCCUCUCACCGCAGACUGUGUCCCUGCAGAGCUCACCUACCUGGACAAGUGGCGCUGUGCCCCGACUGCCUCUAAACUACUCAGGAAAUAGCGGGAGGGGAAGAGGAAAAAGGUAAUAUGAUAAAGACAGCACCAAAGAGCCAUUUGCAAUACAAACUGUACAGGUGAAGAAUAGUUCUUGACCAAAGAGAGCCAGCUAUCCCGCCAAUGCUACUGAAAGCUUUGUGGUCUUGUUUGUGGAUCUCAAGCCGAGGUUGAAAGAUAGUAGAUAGAUCUGGAUUUUAUUUUUAGAGUUGAAAAUCAACCAUUUUCAGUGUCCCAGUAAUCUGAAUCAUCUCAGAUUAGCGUCACUGGCAUUCAUUAUGUGGUGUCAAGUGGGUAAAGUUUACUUACUGUAUGUGAAAAUUCAAAUAUGGCAGGGUGCGCCCACUUUCUAGAUUUGUCCAUCCCCAUUGUUAUGGACAAGAAUUUUGUUUACGACAGUCAUUACUCAGGAACCAAAAAAAUUAAUGAUUGUCAUUUCAUAAGUGUUGAUGAUUAAUUCAAAGCCUGGUGGCUCAUGGUGCACAAUAAAACCCUUCUUGUUUUUGUAGCUUUCCCAUGAUCCCUUAAGCAAACAGUCUUGACGUAUGAAGGCAAGACACACUUUAGGGGAUGUGUUUAGGUGUAUUUAAAUGUAUAUAAAUGUGAAGUGGCACUUAUGAAUCUAAAGCCAUUUAAUUAUCUUCUCCUGCUCCAGAUUAAACACAGUUCAGUGUACUUUGAUGUUAUGCUGAAUAAGUGUCUAAUCAUUAAUUUGCUUACAGUAAUGUAUCACGCUGGUCAGCGUUGCAUGGGAUUACCACUCAUGUAACCCCUCACUGCUUUGCUGGCUGCAAAUAUUAGCCUGGGCCUCGGAGGAGAGCGGGUGACAGCCUAAGUGAUGAGGCUCAUUAUCCGAGUGAAUCAUGGAUAACCUCUGGAUGCCUUUGGGAGGUCACAGCCAUAUCACCAUGAUUAUACUGACAUAUAAACCAUUGGUUCCCAACCAUCUUUGACUUAGGAAACCCCCCUCAGCUCUGUUUAAAUCCAUGCCCCCCACCAGCAAAGGCAGAACCUGAUUGUUUUUCUUUCAAACACAUAUUCUGCGUCAUUAGGACCAGGGAAAAAGUCACUGAAGGCAGGAUUAAAUAUGUUUUCUCUAGUUAUUUUACUAGAAAUGAUGAUUUUGAUCAUAAUAGAUGACUCAGUUCUUGCUUUUGCGCCAGUAUUAUUCCUAGACUGCCUCAUAACCUACAGAUAUUUAAAGCCUCCCCCAAGAACAAAACUGGAAACUUAACAUACAGUACACAGAGUGAUUUGGCUGCAUGACACACGCAAAGGGAGGUUUUAAGCUUUAACGUUUCCAUUUCAGAAACCUCAAAUAGUCACACAGACUUCUCCCAUCAUCCCUUCCUGCAAAACAGCUUUCUGAAAGACACAAAUGAUAAUAAGUAAAGGCUAAACUACAGCCCACAGUCAGUGUUGUAAGUGAUGGGGUGCUGGAUUUACACGGCGCAGCUGUUUGCAAAGAUGGAUCCAACAAUGGCAACACGUUGCUAUAUUGAACCGGGUCAAUGUGAGGUUUUUCUUGGAAAGGACGCACUCAUGAAUGUUAUUUGGCAGAGCAAGAGACCUUUUCCGCCCCGAUACACUUCAUGUGACCAGAACACAUUGUGACUCAGGGAUUAGACUGCAACGACAGGACUGGUUGACAACGCGAUUGACCGGUAAAUGCAUGUGAAACGGUCCACGAAAACAACAUUUGUGAUGACUGUGGUGGACUCCAGUGAAUUCAUUUUGACCUGUCAAAUGUGACUUUUGUUUAAUUAGCUGAGCGGUCCAAAGAUGACGGAAAUUAACUUGUUCAUGUCAAAACGUUGUUUGGAUUAAAGGAAAAUAAAAGUU